GAUUUUUCAAACGUUUUUCCUCGUCGUUGUUUGGAAAACUGAGAGGAAAUGGCCGUACGUACUCUUUCCAUCGCUGUCUGCAUCUUCUUACUUAUUAAUAUUUACUUUGCAUCAGCUGAAAAAGGACCGAAAGUUACGGAUAAGGUGUUUUUUGAUAUUGAAAUUGGAGGCGAAAAACAGGGCAGAAUUGUUAUAGGAUUAUUUGGCAAAACUGUUCCAAGAACUGUAAAAAAUUUCAAAACAAUUGCAGAAGGCACUGAGGUUGCAAAAGAUGGCACAAAAUUGUCAUACAAGGGAAGUAAGUUUCACAGAGUCAUUAAAGAUUUUAUGAUUCAAGGUGGUGAUUUCAACAAAGGAGAUGGGACAGGAGGAUUGAGCAUAUAUGGGGCUAAAUUUCCUGAUGAGAACUUCAAAUUGAAGCAUUAUGGUGCUGGUUGGGUUUCCAUGGCCAAUGCUGGCAAAGAUACAAAUGGUUCCCAGUUUUUCAUAACAACCAAGGCCACAGAUUGGUUGAAUGGCAGACAUGUUGUAUUUGGUGUUGUGCUUGAAGGCAUGAAAGUUGUAAGACUGAUUGAGAAUGUGAAAAAAGAUGGGAGAGACAAACCUUUGGAUGAUGUUGUCAUUGCUGAUUGUGGUUCACUACCUGUUGAGGAGCCAUUUGCUGUUCCAAAAGAAAGUGCCAAAGAAUUAUAAUUAUAUUCUGAACUGUUAUACGUGUGUUAUCAAAUUUCAAACAGUUUAUUUGGUUUCAUUAAUCAUUCAACUAUUGUAUUGUGGCAAAAUAUCGAUAGGUCGUCACUGGUAAAAAUGAUUUUUUUUUUAUUUUUCCUUAUGUCAGUUUAUAGAUUUUUCUUUAAUUAUUUUUAUGGUUCUUAGGCGUUUAAGUAAUGGUAUAAAGUUGUUCAAUCUAAAGCAAUUAAGUUUAAAAAUAAACGACUCGACAAUGGUCUGUUAA